AUGCCGCCUCUUGCACGCCUCUGCUUGCUCGAGACACCCCCGACCGACAUCCGCGUCGUCGCCCUCCUCCUCCUCGACGCGCUCGACCGGUGGCCCGGACGCGAGCCCCCACGCCGCAAGGGUCCGGCCACCGUUCGCACAUUGCUCGCCAGUGGCGGGCUCCUCUCCCUCUUCGUCGGCCUCUCGGAGCCCUUCCACCUCCCCCACGAAGACGAAGUGGUGGAUGCUUCCGGCCCGGCAGCCAUCGCCGACGACCGCGACCCGACCCUCCCCCGGUUCACCCUCUCCGAGGUCCGCAAGCACGAUGCCAAGUCCAAGAGCCCGUGGGUUACACAGGGUGACAAGGUCUACGACAUAACCGAAUGGGUUGGAGCUCAUCCUGGAGGUGAUGUCAUCCUCCGCGCUGCCGGAGGAAGCAUUGACCCCUACUGGGACAUCUUCACCAUUCACAAGUCCCCUCACGUCUACGAGAUUCUGAACCAGUACCUCAUUGGUUUCAUCCAUUCAAACGACCUAGUCGACGGCAAGCCCGUCACUCAGGAGAUAGAGGACCCCUUCAAGCACGACCCAGCCCGUGACUCUAGGCUCAUUACCCUCACUCCUAAGCCUCGCAAUGCAGAAACGCCACUGGAAGGUCUGGCUGACAGCUAUCUUACUCCCAAUGAGCUCUUCUACGUGCGCAACCAUAUGUGGGUUCCUCAGGUCGAAGACACUUCCGACUACACCCUCAAGAUUGAGCUCCUCGAUGGAUCCAUCAAGGAGUACACCAUCGAUGACCUCAAGACCAAGUUCAAGCCUGCAACGGUCGUGGCGGUGCUCCAGUGCUCCGGAAACCGCCGAAGUGACAUGACGCGAAAUGCUCGGAAGACCAAUGGGCUCCAGUGGAACGUCGGUGCCAUCUCCUGUGCUGAAUGGCAGGGAGUCAAGCUCUCGGACGUCCUUGCCGAUGCCGGCCUCCCUGUUCAGCAAGCCAUGACGGGCGAUUCGGAAGCAAAACACGUUCAGUUCUCAGCUCUUGAGGCUUACGGUGCAUCCAUUCCCAUCGAGUCUGCCCUGGAUCCCCGCGGCGAUGUUCUGCUGGCCUACUCAAUGAACGGCAAACCCCUACCGCGAGACCAUGGCUACCCGCUCCGUGCUCUUGUGCCUGGUCACGUCGCAGCUCGAUCCGUCAAGUGGUUGAGCCAGAUCACCAUCUCAGACGAGGAGAGUCAUAGUCAGUGGCAGCGCAAGGACUACAAGUGUUUUGGCCCCAACGAGACAAGUCCCGACUGGGAUCGCGCUGCGCCCAUUCAAGAGAUGCCCAUUACUAGCGCCAUUACAACCGUCAGGCUAGGCGACUGGAAGACCUUGAAGAAGGACUCCACAUCGGACGCGAAGACCAGCGAUGGUCGCGAGGCUUCUCUUAUGGGGUAUGCUUACUCAGGCGGCGGCCGCAGAAUAGUACGCGUCGACGUGAGCCUCGACAACGGCAAAACGUGGGACCAGGCUGAGCUGCUCGACGAAUACGGAGCCGCUCCGCCAAAGGCCGGCCAUAAGUCAUGGGCCUGGAAGCGCUGGAGGUAUGAGGGUAUUGUGCCCCUUGGCGAGCCUGGUGAAGAAAGCAAGCGAUGCUCUACUCUUCUGGUCAAGGCGACGGACGAGGCCUACAACUCACAGCCCGAGAGCUAUGAGGCCAUUUAUAACCAGCGAGGUAACCUGGCCAACGCCUGGCAUCGCCUCAAGGUUUGCUCCGAGUGUGCCAGCCAACCUGCAGUUGCUGCCAAAUGA